AGUUUGGAAGGUAAGAUUUGCAGCAAACUCUCUUCUUCAUUAUUCACUUUUAGCUUACCCCAACUCAAAGGUUCUGCUUCAACCUCAUCCCUUGCAACACCCUCAGCUCUGCCAACUUGGCUCGAGACACUGCACAAAGAUAUCUCUUCCUCUUUCUAUGGAGUAAAUCCAACGAAUGCUUCAAACCAAAAGCUCGGAAUUCGGGCAUUGCCAAAAUCAGCACCGACCAGAUUAGGGUCCGAGAAGGAGGAUAAGCAAAGGGAGAAGAGCACAUGCUGGCACGUCCGUGGCACACACCAAACUAGCAAAUCGCCGUUUUCAUCAGGACACCAAACAAGAAACCCCAUCAGCCUCCAAGCCGAACAAUACCAGAGAGCAAAGUUUUCUUCCUAAUGAGUACCUCGUCUCAAUCCGACAUCCUCGCCCCUGCCGCCGCCGACUCCGCCGCCCAAACCGUCAACACCCUUCUCCUCCGCACCUACGCCCUGCUGCAAACACCUCUGUCCAUCCUGAAGCUUCACCAGGCCCUCAACGCUGCAGACCAGGCCCUCGCGAUAGCGGCGCAUCUGCACCGCUUCGACCUCGAGCCCCGCGCUUAUUUGUACCGUGGCCAUGUCCUUAGUGCCUGGGGCCGCUGGCGCGAAGCUCAUGCCGCGUACGUUCGGGCUGCCAGCGUGAGGGGGGUCGGGUUCGCGGGGACUAAUAUCCGGGGCUUGACGAGGGAUUGUCUCACGAUGAUUGAGUUUGAGGACGCGAGGAGUCGGGAUAUAAAGCGCGCUCUCGAGAUUGACGGCAAAGCAAAGGAUGGGUUGAAGAUGGUGCGAUUUAGGGACGAGGAGAUGGUCCUCAAGGCGUUUUACGAUUAUGAUGACGAUGAUACUUAUGACGAGAACGACGACGACGAAACGCAAUCUGAAGCGAGUCACAGUGGGCUCUAUCUUAUUUUGAAUGGCGGCGGGGAAGUUGUCGGUAGCCGGGAUAGUCUGCCUGAUCUAAGGAGUGUACGUGGUAGAUCUGUCAGCAGAUCGCCGACGCUAUGAGUAUAAGGGGCCUUAUAACGGUCGCAAUUAUGAGUAUAAUUUCAAGAAUCUUAUGAUGGCUGAAUAUCGCUGCACAGCGCUGUCAUGUGAGAUACUUACCUGAUCCAUCUGAAGGCUCAAAUAAUUAGUUGAAUGCCUGAUACUCCCUUGC